GUGCCACCGGCGGAGCCCGGGGCCAGCUGAAGCAGGCGGCAGAGUCGGCCGUUGCCUCCAGUAGCUGUAGCGCCCUCGGGGAAGGCGGCAGUUAGCGCAGACGGACAGAGGCGAUUAUAGCUCUGUCCAAGGUCUCCUGAAAUCGCCUUCUUCCAAGUGGUGCUCCGGUGCCAGAAGCGCGCAUUUGUCUCUAGGUAGCUGCACGGGACACAAGAAGAUUGUGAAUCUAGCUUAAGACCAUGGCAGAAAACUGGAAAAGAAUCCUGAUAGUAUUUGUGGCAGCUCAAGUAUUUGUGGUAAAUACCUCUGAGGAAGAGGAUGUACCUGAAGAAUGGAUUCUUCUUCAUGUUGUUCAAGGGCAGAUUGGAGCAGGAAACUACAGCUAUUUGAGACUACAUCAUGAGGGAAAGAUAGUACUUCAGAUGCGGAGUUUAAAAGGCGAUGCAGACUUGUAUGUAUCUGAUAUGACGCUUCACCCCAGCUUUGAUGAGUACGAGUUACAGUCUGUAACAUGCGGCCAAGAUGUUGUCCAUGUACCUGCACAUUUCCGCCGCCCGGUGGGAAUUGGGAUUUAUGGUCACCCCUCUCACCUGGAGAGCGAGUUUGAAAUGAAAGUGUACUAUGAUCGAACAGUUGUACAGUAUCCAUUUGGUGAGGCUUCUUACAACCCUGAGGAGAUGGAGGCAAACCAGAAAUACUCUCAGUCCACAGAAGAUGAAUCUCAGGAUGAGGAGUCAAUUUUCUGGACUAUACUUAUUGGAAUCUUAAAAUUAAUACUUGAAAUUCUUUUUUAAAUUGAUAUAUGCUGGACUAAGCCACACUUCAGCCUGUGAAACUGAACAUGAAUGACUUACUGUAAUAUUUAAUACUCUUUGUUUUGUUUCCUGAAGAGGUAUUCAGGUUACCUUUCCUAAACCAGAGAGGAAGUGGAGGAAAAAGCCAUAUUUAAUUCUGUGUUGUAAAUCUUCCCCUAAAGUGGCGAGCACAGUAUUUGCAGUGUUCUUCAGAGAUUAGGGUUGAAAAACGAAUGUAUGGAUGGGGUAUUGAUAAACUGACCUUAAACAGGUGCUUAGAAAAAUCAGCUCAAAUUCAGUAUUUUCUAUUGUUUUUAUAAAGUGAAAUAAACUGCUGCACUUCCGUGUCCCAUUUCAAUUCAGAGCAUAUUUAAAAAUCUACUUCUUUCCUGUGCAAGUAUCUCCAGUAGAACAAAGGUUUCUGAGUUUGAGUUGAGUGGCCUAGGAUGAAGGAAGGAAAGAAAACAA